GGACUGCUACUGCUCAAGGCUUGCACGGGCUAGACACCUGACCCAAAUAGCAGGGUCCUGUACUGGAAGGGGCGAGGCCCGCUCUGUAAAGCGACACCACUGUGGCACCCGAGAAAUUGUCUCUCAGCCUGCGUGGCUGCGCCACCGCCCAUAGAGUCUCUGUAGAAGCUGAAACCCAUCGAUCACCAUUCUUCAAAAUGCAGUGGAACGUACUACGGACUGUAACUGGGCUGGUCCAGCGGACACCCUUGAGACCACCUAAAGCUGGUCUUUUUGGAUACUGUCAAAGCAUAAGAGGACUAUUACUCUUGUAUAAUGCGGACUCCAAGAUAGUAUUGGUCCAAGGCCCUCAGAAACAAUGGCUACACUUAUCUGCUGCCCAGUGUAUUGGAAAGGAGAGGAAGCCAUUCAAGUCUCAGCCAUCCCUACUUGGUGUUCUUCACUUUAAACAAUGGGAGCAAGAUUAUUUACCCAAGAGAGUUGCAUCAUCCAAUGCCACAUCCCAAGGAACUCCCACAGGAAAAAAGGAAGAACUUGAUCCAUUACAAGACAAAUCUAUUAGUCUAUAUCAGCGAUUUAAGAAAACAUUUAGACAGUAUGGAAAGGUUUUGAUUCCAGUACACCUAAUAACUUCUGGUGUUUGGUUUGGGACAUUUUAUUAUGCAGCCAUAAAAGGAGUGAACGUCGUCCCUUUUCUAGAGCUCAUUGGGUUACCGGACGGCGUAGUGAACAUUCUCAAAAAUUCACAGAGUGGAAAUGCGCUAACAGCAUAUGCCCUGUUUAAGAUCGCAACACCUGCCCGAUACACUGUGACCCUGGGAGGCACGUCAUUUACUGUGAAGUAUUUGCGAAGCCGUGGCUACAUGUCAACCCCUCCUCCAGUUAAGGAAUAUCUACAGGACAGGAUGGAAGAGACUAAGGAGCUGCUCACAGAGAAAAUGGAAGAAACAAAGGGGAGACUCACUGAAAAAUUACAAGAAACCAAAGAAAAAGUUUCUUUUAAGAAAAAAGUGGAAUAGGGAGCCUUUUAUAAUAGAGCAUAGAAAAUUCAUGUACUUUAACCUUUUGGAGACUAUAGGCAAUGAUAAAUUCACCUGAUUAUUAUUAUUAUGUUUUGGUUAGCUUUGUACAUGUGCUAGUUAUAUGAGGGUUAAAGAGCCAAGAUACUUUUUAAAAGUUAAAAGAUCACUAGAAAAAUCAAUGUUAUUUGAAAGGAAAAACUGAACCUAAUGUAAGAAUUUUCACAUCAAUAUCAGCAUUAAGCAAUGGUAAGAGUUCUUUCUCAGGACCUUCAGAAAGAGGUUUGCUGCAUGGUGUUAUGUUGCCCCUAUAAUGUAUGCAGGAAAGGCAGAUGUCUCUGUAGAUAGGCUGUUUGUCAGGACUCUCUUCACGUUUUCCAGGAAAACUUUAAUUAAGUGUGGAGACAAUUUAUCAUCACACCACCUCACUAUACAAACAAUAUAUGAUAGCUACAUACCAACUAAAAUAUAGAUAGAUAUGAAAACAGUUUAAUUAAAAUUAAGAUAUCAAUGUAAAUUAAAUUUAUUGGCUAUAUGUAGAUGAAAAACUGACCCUUUAAAAAUUAUUUUUCCCAAAGCUUGUUAUAAUCAAACAUUUUAAGCGAAUCUAUAUAACAGUUAAUUUUCAAAACUCUAUAUUGGUGGAAAUAACCUGGUACAUAAAAAUUUUGUCCUUUUCAAUUCAUCUUUCAGUGGAAAAGUAAAAAUAAUUUACCUUAAGUUUACUGAUAAAAUGGCAUCUUAUUCGAGCAGCAACUCAAGCUUACGGUUCUCACCUGAAAGAGAUCUGGACGACCAGCAGUCUCCAGUCAGCUGCCAUGUAGGAAUCACUGUGUGGGUCCUCACAGGCUUUCUCUCAGCUAGCUAGGGCUGCCUUCCCAAGUCGUGGCUUGGGCUUCAGUCGUGGAGUUGUGGAUUCAGAGCUAAUGUUGAUUUCAUUGUGGAGGACAUUUUAAAAUCAGAGUUGCUUCUUUUUCCCUUAGACUGAAAGACCCUGGCUUGGCCAUUUUACUUGAAUUUUUGGUAGCAAAACUGUAUAUUAAAUGCCUUUUUGAAAGGAAAUGCAGCCAUUAUCAAAUAGGACAGUUGCAAUGAUUGUGUGGCUGUUUGAGCAUGCAUGUGUCAUUUCUUUUCUUCUAACUGCUCUUUUUAGAGACUAACCCAAAUGUAGAUCUAUUCACUCUAUUGGAAAGGUUCUAAAUCUACUAUGGCUGGAUCCUCUCCUCGGGGGCGGGAGGCCGUGAGAGCUGAGGUGCUCCGAUAGAAAGACCACAUGCAAUCAGGCAAGUCAGUCAGUCUUGUCUCCUGACACCAUUUUUGAUUGACUCACAUUUUCAAAUGUAAACUCUAUUAACAUACUUUAACUUGUUUGUUAAAUAACUAAUUUUUUACAGAUACUAAGUGCUAAACAGUUUUUUAAAAUAAAACUUAACUAAGCCUACACCUGUGUUUUAACACCUGUGUAUUAGGGAAUCCCUCUAAAAUGAUUUACUUUUACUUUUCAUAUUUUAAGGGGGUGUUUCCAAUAGGAUUAAAUGAUAAGUUCUUACAAGUCAUUAACCAUUCUGAGCGUAGACAUCUUCUUGAGUGCCCAUCUUCAGUCCAUUUGGUAAUGUCAUCAGUUCUGUAAUCAAGUUGAUUACAGUUAGAAUGAGAUGUUACCCAUGAGGUGCUUUGAGUUCCUUGGUUAAAAAAUAAGUCUCUGAAGGUGGGGCACCGAGAAUGAUGCAAAAACUGGUGUUGCUAGCUCCUUGUUAACCCUUAAGCAAACGGCUAAAGGACAUCUAUAAUCAUUGCUUAGGGUAUCCAGGCAUCCUCAAACUACGGCCCGCAGGCCACAUGCGGCCUACCAAAGACAUUUAUCCGGCCCGCCGGGUGUU